AUGGCGUCCACAAUUCCCUUGGAACUGACAGUCUUAGAGAAUCAGCCUGCGUUCAGCCAGAGAGCAAGACGAGGAAGGCCUUCUGUACCACAGACAGCUCCUGGGGCAGGAGUUGAGAAUGCCUCUUACCAGACGGAGGAAGAGGAGGAGGAAACCUCUUUCCAGAAAGGACCAGGCAGCCCCAGGGAACACCCAGCACCUCCCGCAGGUGACCUUUCCCCAAGGUCAGAGGAUGCCCCAUUGUCAGACCCAACUGGGAACUCUGUGGACUAUGGCUUCAUUUUGGCCCUGGUGUUCUUGGUAAGUGGGAUUUUGCUCGUGAUUGUUGCUUACAGCAUUCCACGCGAGGCCCGGGUGGACCCAGAUACAGUGUCUGCCCGGGAGAUGGAGAGACUGGAGCUGUACUAUGCCCACCUGAGCUCCCAUUUGGACAAGUGCAUCAUUGCUGGCUUGGUCAUGUUAACUUUGGGGGGUAUGCUCCUCUCUGUGCUCUUGAUGGUGUCCAUGUAUAAAGGGGAGCUCUAUAGGAGGAGGACAUUCCCAGCUUCCAGAGCCCCCCGAAAGACUUACGGAUCCAUAAACCUGAGAAUGAGGCAGCUUGAUGGAGAAAGGGGACAAACUUUGGUGGAGAAUGAGGUCAUUCAGAUGACCGAGGUGACAAAUGUCAUGCAGAGCUGCUGA